UGAUGCUUUCAGCCCUCUUGAUGCGUGAGUGGGUGGUGCUGUUCUCUCUCAUCUUUUGUCGUUUAUCAGUAUAGAUAGAGAGUCUUUCUGACUUCAUUUCUCUCCUAUUUUCUGUCCUAACCACAUCCCACACACAUUAACAGCUUCAAAAGCACGAGCUUGAAUGCAUACCAAAGCUCCUUGUAAUUUCAUGAUCUCGAUCUCUGUCCACGAUUCCGUAGUAUCUUCAAUACUUUGACGGACUUACCCAGCAAUCGCUUUUGAUUUCCUUGGAGAAAAAACGAGCAGAUGGACGAAGAUUCUAGCUAGUGCUGUUGUUCGAUUUAACACUUAAUCGCAGCUCGUAUUGCUGCUGCGCUUUGUGGUGGUGGCUUUGUGGUGGGGUUUGCAGAGUAGGGAGAGAGUGAGAAAGUGAAAAAAAAUAAAGAAAAAAAAAGAAAAAAAGAGAAAAGAAGUGAAAGGCCUGUUGUUGUUAUAUAUGCUGAAGUCUAAGUUAAAGAUAAGGCCCAGUGGUAGAGGUAGUAAUAGAGCUUGUGACUGUAGGAAAUACAGCGCAAGACGAGAGAAGCUUUUCAUCAGAUGUUAUCCAUUGAAAACUCUCCACCAGAUCCCUCAUGCCCUUGCGAUGUUUCCCAGCUGAAAACUGGUAGUGAUGAGGGGGCUUCUCAUUACCUUCCCUUGCCAGAGGUAGAUCUGUCCAAGCCAGCCCCAUUUGGUGAAAACCCACUUCCCAGAUUCUCCAUAAGAGAUUAUGUUUUUAUUACCCGAAGCAAGGAUAUCAAGACGAAUUGGCCUUUUUCUUCUAAAAGUCUUCAUCUUUGCUUGAAACAUGGAGUGAAGGAUGUGUUGCCACCUUUUCAGCCUCUUGAUAAAGUGAAGAACAAAUGCUUUCAGAGAUGUACGGUUCAAAGUAGCGCAUUUGAGGAUAAGAACUUGAGUUAUUUUGAUGGAGAGCCGUCUGGGUCUGAUGAUCAUGCUAUAUUAGACUUGUCCAUAAAUGCUCAAUUGAAUCGGAAGCCAGCAAAAGCAUGCAUAGAGACAACUUCAUGUAGGUCUGAAGGAGAUUGUGAUUUCCCAUCCACAAUAACAAGUCUUUCUCGAUCUGAUAUAGAGUCACUUCCCACCAAUAGGCUGUCUAGCCCAUCCAUAGACGCUGAUACCUUACCUGAAGACUCAGUCGAAGUUGCAGCUGCAGGUCCUGCUCUCAAGGCUGAAAGCCCAACCCGACCCUCCAGUAAGAAGUGCAGAUUGGUGGUGAAGUUCUGUGCCAACUCCGAUCGUAGCUCAACUGAAGAUAUCUCUUCAAACUGUAUCAGUAUGACAGAAUUAACAAUGGCUUCAAAGAUAUGCCCUGUUUGCAAAACUUUUUCAUCGUCUUCAAACACCACCUUGAAUGCUCAUAUUGAUCAGUGUCUUUCUAUGGAAUCAACUCCCAAGUGGAUGGCUGAUUCUAAAUUAACAAAGCAUAGAAUUAAGCCCAGGAAGAUGAGAUUAAUGGUGGAUAUCUAUGCUAUGGCAGCAAGGUGCACUUUAGAAGAGCUUGAUAGAAGAAAUGGUACGAGCUGGGCCACAGUUUCACGCUUGCCUACACAGGAUAAUGACAAGUCUGAGAUGCCUGCUGAAGGGAACAAGCAAAGAAUGUUGCCUGUUAACACUGCGGAUACUGGUGAUGUGGGUACCGUUUAUAUUGAUGCCAGUGGCACCAAACUGAGGAUUUUAUCUAAGUUUGACGGUGGACCAUCAGCAUCUCAAGUGGCGAAGGAUCUUGGAGCAAGGAAACCUUCAAAAGGAGGUAAAGGAAGUAAAUCCUUUUCAACCAAAAAGAAAAAGUGCUGUGCACCCAAACAUCACAAGUACCUCAAACUCGCUCCUCAAAGCAAAAAAAUUCUUUCUCACAAGGCCCAUUCUUCUCAGAUUUAUAGGGUUCAAGGAGUUUAUCAUGGAGUGGAAGAAAGGUGCAAGAAGAAGAAAUGUCCAAUAAAGAAGCAAGUCAAGUCCAGUGAUUCUGGAAAUUUAAGACGUUGGGUAUGCUCCAAAAGAACUGGAGUUGCAAAAAAGGUAAAGAGAAAAGACGACCAUCAACUACCGAGUGAGAGUGAUCAUUUCUGUUAUGGUAAUUCUCUCAUGGAGAGAAGUCAGGUCUCGAAACUUGCAAAAUUGUCUCAGAACCCAAUUUAUUCUUCUGAAAAAGGUGAGAGAAUGAAGAAUUCCUUUUGUGAAGCCCGAGCUAGUGACAAGAGGGAGCGAUCCCCUGGGAGAAAGAGAUUGGGAAGUCCCUUGUUUGGAUCCAGUACCAGUGGCGGGGUUAAGAGUUCCCUUCCAUUAAUGAAGAGACAAAUGAAUCAGUUAACCAAAGACAGCGAUUCAGUUUGUGAUGGUUGUAUAUUAAAAUCUCCAAAGUCUACUGGAAAUUAUGUAUCUUUGUUGAGAAGCGAGCUGGAUGAUAUUGCUGCAGGGCCAAGUCAUAGUUCUGAUAUUCCUCUAUUUCCUAGCACAUAUUCAUAUAUGAGUCAUCAUUCCUUAACAUCGAAAACCAUAGGAUUCUCUUCUUCAAGGGAGAAUGUAUUGGCUGUUAAAGGCAGAUCAUCUGUGACUGAAUCCAGCCCGGAUGCGAUCAAGAAGUGUUCAGCUUUCAGGACUUCUCGAGUGCAUUUAACUGCAGAAAUAGGUGAAAAAGUAGCGGCCUGGUAUUCUGAAGCCGGCAAGCAACAUGAUUUGAUGCACAAUCUAAUUGACAAGCAUUCUGGAAGAGAAGAGAUAUCUAGAGAACUUUCGUUUGGCAGUAGCACUGCGCUAAAACUCAAGCAAGAUAGAGACUCAAUAAGUAUAUCUCAGAGGCAGGAAGCUAUGGCUUUGAAGAGUUCACAGUUAGCUCCUCAAUGUUAUGGACAUGGUGAGGGUGAACAUAUGGACUCUUCUGUUAGAGUUGAUGAUUUUAUGCACAAAGUUUAUGGCUCAAGGUCUGAUAAAAAAGAGAUUUGGAUUCCUGAGGAAGAUAUUUUCACGGAACCAGCCCCCAAAGAAGUUGUUCAGGAUGGUUAUACAAAUCUUUUUGAAUCUGUAGAUCUUGACCUACAACACAAGCUGGAGAAUUUUACUGACAACCAAUCCAACUCUUUACAAUCUGUUGAAGAUUGUCAAGGGCCUUUAUGUGGAGAUGAAACGCCGAGCGGUCCAAGUAAGCCAACUCUUUUUUAUGGAAAAGACAUAUAUAGUGCUGAUAAAGAGGGCCAUGGCUUUAUUGGGAAACAUGUUCAUGUUGUGGAAGAAGUGGAUUUUGAUGUUGGGCAGGCAAACUUCUUUGCAGAGGUAGAUCCAAUACCAAUUCCAGGGCCACCAGGAUCAUUUUUGCCAAGUCCUCGGGGUAUGGGAUCAGAAGAUCUUCAAGGGAACUCAUCAUUAACCACAAGCCGGGUUCAAUCUUCUCUAGAUCAGCAUGAUUUCAUUGAUCAGGAUUCAUCAGAUUCUCCUAUUUCUGCAGCAUCAACUCUCUCUAAUUCCACAGUGACUGGAUAUGAUCAGAACUAUUCUGAACCAUUUUCAUCUGUAGGAACUCAAUCAGUUCAAGAGAAGAUGAGCUCAGGCUUCUCUGUUGCUAGCAUCCGGCCUUCAGCAGAAAGUGUUUCUAUAGUUCCACAGAUGACUACCCCAGCAGUAGAAAAGAUUACUUUUGAUGGGGAGAACUCUAAAAUUAAUAAGACCUCUAUUGAAAAGGGUCCUCUCAGUUUCAAAAGUGAUGAACCAUGCUGUUGCCAAAGGAAGGAGAGAACUUCUCAGGGUUUUGCACUGAAUUAUCAAGAAUCACAACUAUUGAAGCGAAGGGCCAUAGCUUCAGUGACAUUGCCUACUUUAGGAAAGCAAAUGGGUUGUAAUCUGAACACAAGACCGGGCAAUUCUGACGUGAUGCCAGAAAUAUUCUCUCUGAAUAGUUGCCUAAGUUCAAAAUCUGAAAAGGUCGCUCCCCCCAUCAUAAAGUCCCCUGCAGGUCCCAUUUCUUUUAAGUGUUCCCCCGAUGCUGGAGUGAAGUUUCCUGGUCAUGGUAAUUGUGAUUCUGCUAGUCCAUCUGCUUCUAAUCCCAUUCUAAGGCUGAUGGGGAAGAAUUUGAUGGUAGUCAACAAAGAUGAAGAUGCAUCAAUGCCACUAGUGCAGGCUGAACCACAUCCCAACCAGCUCAACUCAUCAACUCCAAGGUUUCCAACAUUUUCUGAAGUCUCUCCUGUAAAUAUCCAAAAUCAGGCCCACUGCUCCAAUCAUCAUAUGGUCUCACAAAUAGGCCAAGAUUCACAUGAAUUAGUGGGGCCUUGUUUUGAUGGAAGGUUGUCAAAUAGUUUUAGAAGGCGCACUACCAAGCCACCACAAUUGGCUGAAAGAGGACCAGCAGGCUUAUUUCCAGACCAGCCCCAGGAUGGUGGUUUUAUUGCUUUAAUGGAGUCUCGUGAGUAUAAAGGUCACUACCAUGUGCCAGCUGAACAGAAUAAGUCCAAGAAUAGACCAAUUUAUGCACCCACAUAUAAUAUGCAGAAAUGCUUAACAAUGCCUGACUACCAACAGAUGAGUGCUCGUUCUGCUGUCAAUGCUAAUAGAGAAAUUAUCAUGGUUGAUGACAUAGCAGCUAGUGAAGCCAACUUGACCACUGAUGUCACAAAGUACUCUGCAGGGUUGAGGGAAAGCAAGGUAGUUUCAUCUGGCAUACCGAUUCCAAUGAUUUCAGACUACAACUCAAGAGAUGUGAAUUCUUUAUCUUAUUAUCAGUCACAGGACCAUUCUCUACUCGGUGAAUUACCAGCGGUGCCCAAAGCCAGCUUUCAUGCAAUCCCCUCCCGAGGAGCUAAUGCAAGUUCUGCUAGGUGGAGUUGUACUUCGGAAGGUUCUAGCGUGCUGCAGCAGAGCCCUUUUUUCGCUGCAUCAUCCUCAACAGGUCAUCUGAGAUCUGCACUGUAUAAUUCUCCAAGCUUGACCUAGUUGACGAUUUUUUUUUGGGAUGGGCCAUUUGUUUCUGAUCGCAAAUCAGGUUUUUCUUCAAACCCAUAAUGAAAUCUCGAACUGCUACUGAUUGGCAGAAACAUCCGGAGAUGACAAAAACGAUGGCAGUUGAUAAAAAAGAGAACCUAAACACAAGUUUAGCUGUGGAAAUAUCUGCUUGAGCUGGUGUGGUAUAUAUAUAUAUAUAUAUAUAUAUAUAUUUGAGCAUACCAGAGUGAUGGUCCACAAAUUACGCAGCUUAUGAGGCUUCUCUCCUCGGGCACUCUUCAAGCUACCCAUCGACCAGAAAGCAAUCUGCAAUCUAUGAAUAAUAGUUGACAAGGAACUUUUGCUCACAGUCAAUGGACGUACGUUGGGCGACCCUUUGAGAAAUAUUCUCUCUCUGCUAUUUCUUCUUUUUUUGUGGUGGGGGGGUUAAAUUUUGUCAGUUCCAGCUGCCUUUCUCAUGUGUUUUAACCUUCUAAUUUUAUAGCUAGACCUCUAUGCAAGGUCUUCACAAUCAAUUGUGACAUUGUGUUGAAUGUCUACAUCUGGUUACUUUUUCCUGCUA